AUGUCACAACGGAAAACACGGUACCAAUAUGCGGAGCUUCCCCGCGACGAGCCUUGGAUGCGGGUGAUGGUUCUUCAUCCAGGAUCGCCGUUGGAUGAAAUAUCCAUUACCAUUCGGCAGGAGAGACUAGAUGGAUCUUGCAGCUAUGAAGCCUUGUCCUAUGUAUGGGGUUCGGUCGUUGACAAGCCAGAGACAAUCACUGUCAACGGGGCCAAAGAGCUUCGUAUCACAACGAAUCUGUCGUCGGCCCUCCGAUACCUGCGGUAUCCAGCCGAAGAACGAGUUCUUUGGGUCGAUGCAAUUUGUAUAAACCAGGAAGACCUCGCCGAACGUGGUCAUCAAGUAGCGUAUAUGCACCGCAUCUACCAGCAAGCGACAACUGUUCAAAUUUGGCUCGGACUAGAGGCUGACGAUAGCGAGUUCACGAUGAAACAACUCGAUGGAAUUGGAUCAGCGGUGCAGACUGCAUGGACAAAAGACGUUCGAUGGGUGUUGUUACCACGAAACACAGACGACUAUUCGCGGAUGCUGGCAAGCUUCACACAACAACUUGACCUUUCAGAGAGGUUGUGGCAAGGCUUGCACUCAUUUUUUACUCGGCCAUGGUUUGAAAGAGUGUGGAUUCGGCAGGAAAUCAAUCCUGCAAAUGUCGCCUUCUUCGACGUGACGCUGGCAAACCCAGUUGAUGCUCAAGCUGACCACAUGCAUCAACCUGACACCGACAUUCUCAAAAGGCUCUCACCUGGGAGCACUGGUGCGGCACAACUUAUAUGUGGCAAUAACACCAUGUCAUGGUGGAAUCUCCGCAAUGCCAUGACUUGCUUUCAGAUGAAGCUCAUGGUGGGAAAACUUGGCCCACGGACAAUACCAAUCUCGAACAAAGCCAGAUUUCGUCUGUCGCUCGUCCAAAGCCUUUGCCAGACAAGAGUUUACUCGUGGGCUAGCUUGGUUAGAGAUUUGCGAUACACGAAAUGUACGGACUCGCGAGAUCGCAUAUAUGCAGUUUGCAGCAUGAUGGCCGCGCCGGAUGCACCACUAGUUAUCACACCGGACUACACAAAGCCAGCCGUUGACGUCUAUCGGGACGUGGUAUUAUCGCAUAUCAAGCAUUCCAGGUCCCUUGACAUUCUGCGACAUUGUGUUGGAACGGGCACCCCUGGGCACCCGUCUUGGAUCCCAGACUGGAUGAAUGAAGACCCUCCGCACUUGGGCUUCAAUGAUAACGGUCGUCAAUUCUUAGCCAGCAGUCAUUUUUAUGCAGAUGUGGGAGCCGUAGGACAUGAUGCUAUUGAAGUACCAGCUGUGGUGAUUGACUCCGUUGAUAAGACAUUUCCGCCGUUCUCACAGGUACCUCAGUCUACCGAAAAAAGACUGGCAUCUGAAUGUUGGGAAACUAUAAUACCCGGAUUUAUGGGAAAUGGGAAUCUUCGUGAUGAAUGUUCGGGAGGCGGAACAUACUUGAGUGCUAUACUCGACCUGUUGACAUUCAGAAACGUCUCCGAAACGGAACACCCUCCCUCGGACAUCUAUCCAAAGCGCGAGAUGGCAAAACAAAUGAUUGAGUUGUUGGUGUACGGAUGCCUCGUGUCACACGCAAAACACGCCGAGGAAACUGCUCGGUCUAUCGACGAUGGAGAGUUCAAUAAGCUCCGGGAUUCGAUCUGGAGCGCAUCUGCAAUGAACUAUGGACUUUGUCGCACUGAAAAGGGUUAUCUAUCCAUGGUGCCCUCAUGGACAACUCAAGGGGACGUGGUUGCGGUGCUCAUUGGUAGCGAAAUUCCCUUCGUUCUGCGACGGAUACAGACCACAUCGGGGUCAUCUACUGCGCAAUAUCGAAUAGUAGGGCCUUGUUAUGUCCAUGGAUUCAUGGACGGCGAAGCAUUGUUAGGACCACUGCCUCCGGGUGUUGAAACUGUUUCGGAAGUGCGGACCGUCCAAAGAAAGUUUAGAGACAGCGAGUCGGGACUUCUGGACCUAGCUGACCCUCGUAUUUUGGCCGUGUUUUCGGAAGACAAACUACACGAGUACAGAGAAUCUUUGAAAGUGGCACAGAAUUCGAGAAUGGUGCAGCCAAAACUGCGUGUUGGAAUCGAUUCAUUGAGUGAACUUGGUGUGCAGGGGCAGGUUUUGCGGCUGGUAUAG